GGCUCCCGGCUCGGAGAGGGAGAGGCGGAAACCCACCCGUGCUGCGUGGAGGCGCAAGGUAAAAACGUCGCGGGGCAGGAAGGAGGCGCUCAGAGCCACAAGAAACCUUGAGCCGCGAGGCUGGACGAACAAGGAGCCGUACCCGUGAAUCCCAUCCACAGCACAAGCAGACCCAGGCUCGGUUCAUAACCUGGCCCUUCUUCAGCAGCAGCAGGACCACAGCUCAAUUCCCAACAUGAUGAAGCGAACGAGCGUGCAGCUGCCCGAGAGGAAGAGGUUCUCGUUGGAUAAGCGCUGGACGCGGAGCUACUCGGAGGACCUGUCAGGCAGCGUCUCCUCAGGCGUCCCCAUUGUGCUGCGGCUCCCGCGCGAGUACCGCAGCUUCUCGGUGCUGUCCAGCAGCUCGGCCGUGCUACCCACCAACUCCACAUGCAACUGCCAGGUGGGCAUCCUGCCCCUGCGUAACUUCCUCGCGCUCAUGGCCGACGACUUCAAGGAGGGACCCGGCCGGGUGUUGACGGUCAACACGGAAGGUCCCGGUGGCUUCAUGCUCAUCAGCGGCGGGGGCUUCAGCAUGGACGGCCAGCACCACACACUCGUCAACUACCUGCCCAGAAAGUACGUGACUCGCUCGCUCCCGGAGUACACGCAGUACCGCGAGGCCAUCACAAGCAAACCCCUCGCGUUCUUCAUCACCGUGAAGGCCAUGCGUCACGGCACACCUGAAGAUCAGGACUUUGCCGUGCUGCUCAACACACGGCACCCUAAUAUGCGCCACCAGCUGAUCAAAGCCAUGGACAAUGUCAUCGCGUCCAUCUCUGGAGAGAGCUAUGUGUUCGAGGUCAGCCUGGAGAACAUUGUCAAAGAUUUCUUCAGUUCCAAGGAGGGCUAUGCCAAGGACAUCCCGCUCCCCGGCCUCCGCUUCACCUUGCAAUACGAGACGGACGCACUCUUUGACAUUGCUUACUGGUUGGGCUACAACAAGCGGGCAUUGGUGAUCAAGGGGACGCCUGCCUACUUGACCUGCAGCAGUGAGGAGAAACGCACCAGGGUUAAGCAGCUGCUGGAGAAGAUGAAGGAGGAGCUCGUGCGCCCGGGCAGCUCGGGCAGCUUGGACAGCGACAACGGAAUGCCCAGGCAGCCCCAGAAGCAAGACUCCAUCCUGGAGGAAGAUGAGGGUGCGGAAGAUGUGUUUGCGUCAUCGUCCCCGCGUGCAAGCCUCGUAUCCAGUGGGAAUAACUGACCACCAUAGCCGCUCUGUUUAGACGUCCCACACUGCAAUCCGAGACGGCUUGGUCUCAAACGUGCCAUCACUAGCCGAAGAACGACUGCACAGAUCUUGCUAGAAAUCAUCUUGUGAAAUACUACUUUCUGAGUAAGUGGUAAUGAACAAAUCCUUUUCCGUGACCUGCGCAGCAGGGUGGCGCAGUGUUAACACUCAUUCCCCGCAGCAAGAACGGCCUAUGUUUGAUUCCCAAUUCGGGCGGCGCCCGUCUAUGUGGGGUUUGUAUUCUGUCCUGUUCUGCGUGGGUUUUCUUCAGGUUCUCUGAAUAAAAUGUAUACAUACAGUAGACUCUCGAUUAUCCACUUGCAGUUUAUCCAAUUUGCGGAUUAACCUCGCACCAUAGAUGUUGACGUAAAUUAAGCCCAAGUUAAUAAUCUAAAAACAAUUAUACAUUGUUAUUCUUGGAAAUGUUUAUUACAAGUAAUGUGCUUAAACCGAACAAAUAUAUUGCUCCGGUUAAUGCAAAAUCCAUGAGAUCGCCUCGACAGUACAGCAGUUGCAGAUCUUUACAACAGUGGGCAGAGUUGGAUGUUGAUUGGUGUUGCUCUGUUAUCAUUCACUUCAUGGGCAGAGCACACAUAUCGAUCGGUCGGUUAUUCUCUCAAAUUUUUUGUUUUGCUUAUUAACAAAUUUCUUAAUUUAAACAUAACUUAUACCCCUACAUUAGUGGUUUUUGGCAUAGAGAUCCGGAGACAAUAGAUGUUUUUGGAUUAUCCGCGAUUUUGAAUUAUUAUCCGCGACCGUCCUGCCCGUCACUAGCGUGGAUAAUCAAAAGUCUACUGUAUACCGCAUUGAACACAUUGUAAUACGAAUUGGCAAAUAAAUUUGUACCUUUAAAACCAUUCAUAGUAUAAUUAAUUAUAGAAACAUUCAAAUGGUACCGGGGUGAUGAUUGCACUUGCGUUUAAAUGGACAAGUAGACAUUUCAAGUGUGUAUAUAGGGAGAUAUGACAGUCGAUAAAGUCAACAAGCGCAAAACCUCUCGAAACCUACAGUGUCCAUCUCCACAGACAAGAGCUUGCGUGUCUGAGUAUCAGUCGUGUAGGUUUGAAGUCGUGGUCACAUCAUCUGCCGGUGGUGAUGUUGUGAUGUAAGUUUUUAAAAAGAAAAAGGAAUUUAAUUUUAUUCAGAGUGGGCUAUUGUAUACAUAUUCAUCUCUCUAAAAGUACACUCGAAUGAGUAGGUACUUCGAGUGCUGUCCAUGCAAUGAGACAUCCUCUGAACCAGGUGUACAUUUUAUGUAUGGGUAUCCCUCGAUUUACGAAAGGGAUGCGUUCUUCAACAUUCGCACGUAAAACGAAAUUUCAUAAAUCGGAAUGGCUUUUCUCAUUAAUUUAAUAAUAAAACUUAGGGAUGUGUAUCAGGCAGUCAGUCCAGCUCUACUGCCAGCCUAAAAAAUGACACCUAUAUCACUUUUCUCAGUACAAAAAUAAUAAAGAACAUGAAUAUGAAAACAAUUGAAUAAUAAUUCAUUAAACACAAAAAAAUUACAGUUUUCAUGGAAAUUCCGAAACGAUCUGUUGCAUGUUGGAAUGACUGGCAAGGCGAUGUGUAGGCGUUACUGUUGCACUGCAACGACACCGUGACGCUGUCGUGGAUGGCUGAUGCGUGCUGUAGUGAAAUUUCGCUCGUGGGAAGAUCGAUUUAGUCAAUCUGAAAUAGUCCGUAAUUUGUCAAUUGUGUUAACGCGAAAUUUCGUAAACUAAACGUUCUUAAAUCGAGGGAUACCGGUUU